AUGUCGGCUGAAACAACGCACAAGAAGUUUGAAGCGGAGGAGUCUCCGGUCGACGACAAAUCUGUCGGGGAUGUUGUCAAUGCCUCUGGCCACAAGCAAGAACUUCAACGCAACUUUGGUCUCUUGAGUAUUUGCGCUAUUGCAGUGACCACGGGUAAUACCUGGAUUGCUCAAGGCGGUAGUGUUACUGUCAACAUCGCCAAUGGAGGACCUGCCGGUAUCAUCUACGAGUUUAUUGCGGUCUCCAUAUGUUAUUGGCUAGUAGCUGCUUCAAUCGCCGAACUGGCAUCUGCUAUGCCCUCAGCAAGCGGAGUUUAUCAUUGGGCAUCCGUGACUGCAGGAAAGUAUGGCCGCCCCUGCGGGUGGUUCGCUGGCUGGUGGAAUACGCUUGCCUGGAUCUUCGGAGCAGCAUCCAUGUCCUCCAUUCUCGGAAAUCAGACAGUCUCGAUGUACGCCUUGUUUCACCCUGAUUUUGAGCCUAAAGCAUGGCACGUCUUUGUCAGCAUGCUCCUCUGCACUUGGAUCUGCUGCUUGACUGUUCUAUUCGCAAACAAGGUUCUUCCUCAGAUUGGCAACCUCGGCAUGAUUCUCAUUCUUGGUGGUGUCUUUAUCACCAUUGUUGUCUGUGCUGUGAUGCCACAUGUCAAUGGAGUGGGUUAUGCUUCGAAUGAGUUUGUGUGGCGUAGCUGGACAAGCAACACGGGAUAUAGCAGUCAAGGCUUCGUCUUCGUUGCUGGUAUGCUUAACGGUGCAUACAGCGUGGGAACCCCUGAUGUUACCUCACAUUUGGCCGAAGAGAUUCCUCAUCCAAGCAGAAACAUUCCGAAAGCCAUAUUGGCCCAGAUGUCUGUCGGAUUCAUUACCGGAUUCCUCUACAUGAUCGCCAUGUUUUAUUCCAUUCAAUCUCUCGAUGAUGUUUUGAACAGUGUUUUCGGUUUUCCUCUUGCCGAGAUCUACCGUCAAGCUACUGGAAGCAGAGGUGGUGCUCUAGGGCUUCUAAUUGUCGCAUUCUUGCCUACGUUGGUCACUUGCAUUGGCUGCUACAUCACCGCCGGUCGCACCCUCUGGACACUGGCUCGAGACAACGCGACACCUUUCCCUGGCUGGAUCGGACACAUCAAUACUCGAUUGCACAAUCCUUUCAAUGCCACGUUGGUAUGUGGCUUCACGAUCACCGUCCUUGCUUGCAUCUACGUCGGCUCGACCACCGCCUUCAACGCUUUCAUCGGAUCUUUCAUUCAGCUUUCUACACUAUCAUACUUCACAGCCAUCUUCCCUCACGUUUUGACUCGUCGAUCUUUGAUUACUCCCGGAUACUUCCACAUGAAGAACUCCGUCGGCUACGUCGUCAACAUCCUGAGCUGCAUCUACAUCGUCGCUUUUAUCGUUAUUUUCUGCUUCCCUGCUUCAAUUCCCACUAACGCUCAGUCGAUGAACUAUGCCAGUCUGAUUACAGGUGGCCUCACUAUUUUUAUUACUAUCUGGUGGUUCGUGCGUCAGCGUGAUUACGUUGGUCCACAGGCCAUUCCACUUACUGAUCGGGCGGUUGCGGAGGAUGCGAAAUGA